AGUACCUUCUUCGCAAUCGCUAUAAAUUUCUAAAUUAAAAAAAUCAAUAAAUUAAUUUUAGUGACCACAUCUUGCAUCGUAAACACACAACUUGCAGAGAUUCCUGUUCAUAACCCAUGUGACUACAUUUUUCCUCUUUUUCUCUUGUGGAAUGUAUUAACUUUGUGAACAUUGCCAACAAAAUAUGCCUGAAAAGGAAUAUUGAGAGGAAUAAAUUGGCAACAUGCUUAUGUUUUUGUUGUGAGCGCAUUGGUCGUACUGAGAAUUUUGUGGUUAAAAAUGUGUUAAUGGGUGUCAGUAUGUUAUUUUGUUCGAUGUUUUUUUUUUUUUUUUUUUUUGACCUGAUCAUAUUUUAGCUGUUUGAGUAUUGAAUUUGCCAUCGGUUGAGAAUUAUAUCCCUAAAAUAAUUUUAAUCUUAUUAUAAUUUCCCUUUUGACAGAAGGAGUUAAGAAAUAUGUGUGAGAACAAUCAGUAUGUAACUCCUGGCUCUGAAGAAUUGAGCCAAAAUUUAUAUAAUUACAACAUUACGAAAAUGAUACUGAAUGUUAUUGUGAGUUUUUUGUGAUAUCUGAAAUUUAAAAUUAAAACAUGUUACCUUCGUGUGGUUUCUUUAAGAACAUUUUAUGUCCGUAUGCGAAAGCUGGUCUUUGUCUUCGGCCCCAUUGUCAUUACAAGCAUGAAAAAUCAGAUCUUACUAAAGAAGUACCACUGUAUUCAUCUGUUGAUGAAACAGAUUAUCUUUUUGACAGCCAGCCAGAUUCUAGUUUACAUAUUUUAAGCAAAUCUGGAUAUCAUAAGCAGAUGGUGACCGAUAGUCAAGAGAAUGCUACUUAUAUUCCAACUCCAGUUGACAGAUGUGUAAAACCUGCUGGCAUUUUGAAGACUAAUAGUUCUAAUGUAGAUAGGCCUUCAACUUCUUUUGUGCCUGAAUAUAAACCAACUCCUAUAUCUAAAUUGAAAGAGCUUAAUAUAUCUCAAGGUGUUUCUAAGAGUGAUGAGUACACACCUGAUUAUUCUUUGUCAUUGCGUAAAAAGAAGAACAUAGAGGAGUAUGAUCCCACUGAAGUUAAAUGUGUUGUUAAGAAAAGUGUUACUUUUAUUGAUGAACCAAUUGAGUCUGCUGCUGGAGCUUAUGUUCCUCCUUUUAGUUCUGAUGAUGACUUAGAUGAUUCUGCUAGUGCUCCAAAAUUUAGUGAUGAUGACAUUGAUGAAGAAAUUCCUCAACGUCCAAAAAAGAUCGAUCCUGUUAAAAAAGAAAUAGAUGUCUCUGAGAAAACUGAAGAAACUAAAAUUGAUAAAUUUUCUUUAGUUGAUAAAAUAUUGGAUGAGACAAAGAAAACAGAACAAAUAAUAAAUGCUUUUCGUAAACCAGCAUGCCCUCCAAAACAGAGCAUUGUACCUAAAGAAAGUAAGACUACAUUAUCUAAAACAGCUCUGUUAAAAAAUAAAUCAGUGGUACCAUACCUAUUUGAAGACACCGAUGAAGUAGAAAUUUUAAGUAUUAAAACUGCCGAGUCAAAAGAAUCAUCUGAUUCUAUAAAUUUAAAAACAUAUCCUGAUACCUCAGUACAAAAUAAAGCAGAUGAUAUUUCAGAAGGUAGCCUUAUACAAAUUUCAGAGUCUAUUGAAUGUACAACUGAAAAACCCAAAUCUAAAAAGCAAACUGAUUCAUUAGAUAGAAAAAGUAAAAAGUCAGAAAGUGAUAAACAAAAUGAAAAAUCUAAAAAGCAUUCAGUGUCUUCUAAAAGUAAAAAAUCUUCAGAUUCUGCUGAUAAAACAAAACUUAGUAAAAAGAUAUCUGAUAGUAAAAGUAAGUCUUCAAGUAGUAAAAAAUCUAGUUCGGGUAAUAAAAUUCGUGAUUCGGAAAAGAAUAAAUCAUCAGAUAUAUUAUCUGAUAAAAAGCAUCAAAAUAAAAAUGUAUCUAAUUCUCAAAAAAGUGAAAAGGUUAAACUUCAGGAUGAAAAAGUUAGUAGUAGUAGCAUAAUAAAAAAAAGUAAGCAUGGUCACAGUAAAAAGGAAUCAACCAAUUUGGACACAGGCUCAAAAUCAAAAGAUAGUGAUACCAAAAAAAGAAAACUUGAAGAUAUUGACCAUGAAUCUUCUAGAAAACAUAAAUCUAAAAUUAAAAAUGUUCCUGUGUCUUCAACAACAGCAAAAAAACUUAAGGCAGAAAACUGCCAUAAUAGUGUUGAUGAAGAAAUGGAUACAUCUGUUAUCACUGUUUCCUCCUCAGAAUCUGAAUCAGAUCCUAAUGAAGAAUGCUGGAGGAUAUAUAAUGAGAAUUUUCCAGAAAAUGUAGAUAAUUCUGCUGGCUCUGAUAAAGAGGAUUCAUCAAAAGAAGCAGAUUCAAAGUGCGAGGAUCUGUUGAUUCGGAGGAAACAGCGCUUUGCACAUGCUGCUGCAGCUUCUUUAAAAAAGACUAAGGAGAAACUUGCUGUAAAACCAUCGAUUAAUCCUGCUCAAGUUAUGCACAAUCGUUUUGCCCAAAUAAAAGCCCUGCAUGCUCGGCAAAAUGAGCAAAAGUCGGGUAAUUUGAACGCAUUGGGUGGACAUCCUGAUAAGAAACGUAUAUCAGUAGUGCCGAAUCCUAGCCUUCUUGCUGCUGUUACACAGAAGCAAAUGCAGGCAAAGAAUAAUGCUGCCCUGGGUGAUUUUUCUCCACUACCUCCUACAGUAUCAAAAAAUCUGAAAGUAACAAAAAGAGUAGCGCAUGUACCUGAUGUGGCUGUUAAACCUCGACCUGUUAUACCAGCUGAUUAUGGUAGUAAAGUUCCUACAAAUGUAAGACAGAAAUUUCUCAAUGCUUUUAUUGAUGAAUAUUUGAAGUUUUCAACAGAAGAAGAAGCUUAUGAAAGUGCAUUAGAGGAAGAAAAACGAGCCUAUCAGAGGAGCUCAAGUAAAGCCAUAUACAUGAAUGUUGCAUCAAAUGCUCUCACACGACUUAGACACAAACCUGAAACAGUUAAAAAAGGUAAUGGUGUGUCAUCUACAACUAACAGAGUAUCCCAUCAGACAGUACUAAAUGGACCUUUGGCUCAGCGCACCAGUUUUAGUAUAGAACGCAAGAAAGCUCAGGUGAUUCCUGAAUUGAAAGGUGCAACUCUGUAUGAACAUCUUUUACCUUUUGUCAUGACUGAAGAGCAGCUAAAAGAAAAUGGUUAUCCCUUGCUUCAUCCUACUGAGGCUGGUCGGGCAGUUAUUGAAGGGAUAUAUGCAAGUAGAACUCAGUAUUGCAAUGAUCCUUUCAAGAGAACAUGCUGUCGCUGUCAAAAGACAUACUACGUGAACGUAGAUGGGGAUUAUGUACGAGAUGAAGAAUGUGAUUUCCACUGGGGAAGAUUGUGGAAAAGGAGAAUUGCUGGAGCCAUCGAAAGCCGAUAUUCAUGUUGUCAAGGGGAUUCUGAAUCUGAUGGUUGUUGUGUCAGUGCGGGCCAUGUAUUUGAAGGGUCUGAGGCUCAUGUUUUGAAAGGAUAUGUUAGAACUUUACCCAAAACCCCACCUCCUGAUAAAUAUUAUGGAAUUUACGCUUUGGAUUGCGAAAUGUGUUAUACAACAGCAGGCUUGGAACUAACAAGAGUAACUGUGAUAGGAACUGAUCUAAAACCAGUAUAUGAAACAUUUGUAAAACCACAAAAUAAAGUUCUGGAUUAUAAUACAAGAUUCAGUGGCAUUACAGAAGAUGAUUUGAAGAAUGUACGUACAACAAUACGAGAUGUUCAAGCUGUAAUGCUAUGUAUAUUUAAUGAUAAGACAAUACUUAUUGGGCACAGUUUGGAAAGUGACUUCAAGGCUCUAAAGUUGAUUCAUAAGACUGUGGUUGACACAUCAGUUGUAUUCCCUCAUAAAAUGGGGCUUCCAUACAAGAGAGCUCUUAAAACACUGAUGGCUGAAAAACUGAACAAGAUUAUUCAGAAUGAUGUUGGUGGUCAUGAUAGUAAUGAAGAUGCUGUAUCUUGUAUGGAGCUUAUGGUUUGGAAAAUAAAAGAAGAACUGAAAGGCAACAGAUGAUAAUAUGAAGCUCAUUUAGAUUACUUGUACUGAAAUCUCAGGAAAAGUUUUUUUUCGAACAUAAUGCUAGCAAUACUUACUUUCUGUUCAUUGUGUGAUGUAGUGAAAUUUUUCUCAUUUCUUUUCAGUGUAUAUCUUUUCUUUUAAUCUGAAUUAUGUGUAUCAUACUUCUAGUAUAUAUUCAAUAAAGGAAAAGUUUGUUGAUUUGUAAUCUUUAGAAUAUGGCUUAAAUUUUUGUUUAGUGUAUAUUAUUGUUUAGUGCAAGAUUUGGUUGGAUAUAUAUUUUAUGAUAGUUAAACUAUUAUUUGAUGUAAUUUUCUGUUUUAGAAAUCUGUUAAUUUUCAUAAAUCCAGCAGAUUAUGAACUUCAUGUUUUCUUAAAGGAAUAUGUGAGAAGACCUGCUGUGAAUAAUAAUAUGAUAAGUUUUUAAAUUCUAUAAUUGGAAUAUAAGCAUAAUUAAAAAUUGUACGUAUUUAACUUUUUUUCUUUUAACAAAAAUGAAGCAUUUUAUAAAACUUACAAAGAUUUAUUUUUUAUUUUUUUUUUAUUUUUAUAAUGAAAUUAUUCUGUACAUCUCAUUAAAUGACUUCAAAUUCUCCAUACAAGUCGUACUUUUUUUUUUUUUUUUCCUCCUUUCUUUUUAUUAGAAAAUAUUUUCAGAGCUUAGGUGUAUAUACCAUGAAAACAGUUUGUGUGUUAGUUGAAGUACUAAAAUGUGUUUCAUAUAUUGUAUGAGUGAAUUAGUAGAAUGAAUGCAUUCAUAGGAUUCUGUAAGAUGGAUUUACACAUGCAGUAAAAUGUUUUAUUAUUUUUAUUUUGUUUUAUGAAUUUUCAGUUUUAAUUUUUAAUUGUUCUAGGAAGAUUUGGACCACAUGGCUUCCAGCAUUAUUUAAAAAAAGUAUGGCUAUGCAUGAAAAGACAUAAACACAUGAAGUAUUUAAUAAAUACAUUUUCAUAAGUGACAAAGUUUACUAGAAAUUCCAUGUGAUACCUUAUAAUAUAUACAUUAAGGUAAGGGCGUAGCUAAAGUUUCCAGCGCCCGGGGACAACUGAAGAAUUUGCACCUUUUUCUGUGUGCCAAGAAUGGAAAACAUUUCAUUAAAAAAUUUUGUAGCAUCAAUUUGGCACCCCUUGGAUGGUGCGCCUGGGGACAGAUGUCUCUCCUUUCCCCACCCUAGCUAUGCCACUGCAUUAAGGGAAGAAUACAGUGUAAAAAUUACUUUUAACUCACUUCUUUAAGCAAUCUCUUGUACUAUAUUUGAAUUAAUCCAACAUUAUACAGUGUUGGAAAUUUGUAAAUUAUGAAAAAUUUUGAAUGCCUAAAAAUGGUUAAUGGGUAUUUAUCAUUAUUAUUUAUUUUGGAGCAUCAAGAUAUUUGCAUCAAAAAAUUCAUGUAUAUAUUAAAAAACUCUUAUAUAUGUUUGAAAUUUCCAAACAUUAAAAUUAUUAGCAGCUAAGUAUUAGAUCAAGUAUUAGAUCUUCUAUGAAAUGGCAUAAUUGCUGUAGAAAAUGGGAAGUAAGUGUUAGUGAAAAUGAUUGAUAUCAAAAAAUUAUAUUUUGUUAAUUUUGAAGAAUGUGAAUAAUAUAUGUUUGUUUGUGCCUUUCAACUAAUAUUGUCCUGAAAAUAAGUUGCUGGCAAAUUUAAGUGAAGUGCCACCGCACGUUUCUGCUGCUGUAUUUAAUGCCCAUUGUUUAAUCCUUAUUAUAUAUGUAUAAUAAAGCAUUUCAUUUGUAA